UUAUCUUAAAGAACAAUACAAAUUCGCGGCUGUAACUCAACGUCCGCUCGGCAGACGCAUUCAGAGCACGGACUCUGCCAGUUGUGUUGUCGCGAAUUUCGAAUCAACUGUGAAUACGCUUCGAAUACACUCGAGAAUACGAGCUCUCAAUCCGGCCAACUCAAAUAUUUGCACAGAGUUUGCAGCAAUUGCAGCAGCAGUCGGCAACUGUUUCCAAGUUGAGAUACCAGCAUGGUUCAGCAGUAUUCGGCGUGGAGGGUGCUAACACGCCGCAAGCACCUGGCCGCCGAUGGCAACGAGGGUGAAAGCAAGCUGAAUCGCGUCCUGGGCCUGUGGGAUCUCACGGCACUGGGCGUCGGCUCGACCCUGGGCGCGGGCGUCUAUGUGCUGGCCGGCCAAAUAGCCAAGGAUCAGGCGGGCCCAUCGGUGAUGCUGUCCUUUGCCAUAGCCGCCCUGGCCUCCCUGCUAGCGGGCAUCUGCUAUGCGGAAUUCGGGGCGCGUGUGCCCAAGGCGGGCUCCGCCUACGUCUACAGCUAUGUGUGCAUUGGCGAGUUCGUGGCCUUUGUCAUUGGCUGGAAUCUGAUGCUGGAGUAUGUGAUUGGCACGGCGAGCGUGUGUCGCGGCAUCAGCCUCUACCUGGACACGCUGCUCAAUGAUACGCUGAAGCAGAGCUUCGCCGAGGCGGCGCCCAUGCACGUCAGCUUUCUGGGCAGCUACUUUGACUUCCUCGCCUUUGGCCUGGUCGUCGUCUUUGGCGUUGCCCUGGCCUUUGGCGUGGAUACCUCUGCGAUGGCUAACAACUUUGUCACGUGCGUGAAUAUCUUCAUCUUGGGCUUCGUCAUCAUCGCUGGCGCCAUCAAAGCCGACUUCAGCAACUGGACGGUGGAUGCCUCGGCGCCGCCCGAGAAUGCCACCAACAUAGGCAAUGGCGGCUUCUUUCCGUUUGGCUUUGAGGGCACACUGCGAGGCGCCGCCACCUGCUUCUUUGGCUUCGUGGGCUUCGACUGCAUUGCCACCACGGGCGAGGAGGUGCGUCAUCCGCGCAAGAACAUACCGCGCUCCAUUCUGCUCUCGCUGCUCAUCAUCUUCCUCUGCUACUUUGGCGUCUCCACUGUGCUCACCCUGAUGCUGCCCUACUACGAGCAGGACGUCAACGCCCCGCUGCCCUACGCCUUCGAGUAUGUCGGCUGGCCGGUGGCCAUGUGGAUCGUUACAAUCGGUGGCUUGGUUGGCCUCCUCGCCAGCCUGUUUGGCGCGCUCUUUCCCCUGCCCAGGGUCAUGUACUCCAUGGCCCAGGAUGGCCUGCUGUUUCGCUUUCUGGGCAAGGUCAGUCCGCGCUUCCAGGUGCCCGUGACGGGCUCCAUUGUGGCAGCGCUCUUCACGGCCCUCAUCGCGGGCCUGUUCGACCUGGCGCAGCUGGUCAACCUGCUCUCCAUUGGCACUCUGCUGGCCUACAGCGUCGUGGCCAUCUCCAUCACCAUUUUGCGCUACAUGGAGUACUGCGACGCCGAGGAGCAGUCCUCGCCCACGGCGGCCAUCACCGAGACGACGUCGCUGACAACGCGCAGCGCGCGCUUCACCUGGAGCUCGAUGUGCACUCAGCUCUUCAAUGUGCAUCGCGUGCCGGAGCCCAAUCAGCUCUCCACGCGCAUCGUGGGCGUGCUGACAACUCUGUUCUGUCUGCUCUCCCUGGGUCUUGGAGUGCUGCUCAUGCAGGCUUAUCCCGCCAUCAAGUCCCAGAAGCCCUGGGCCUUGACUCUGCUUAUUCUGCUCAUCCUGCUGAUUGCCCUGGUGCUCCUGCUCAUCUGCCUGCAGCCACGCGAGGCGCACAGCCGCCUCUUCCGCGUGCCCUUCGUGCCCGUGGUGCCGGCGAUUAGCAUCUUUAUUAAUAUUUACCUCAUGCUGCAGCUGGAUAGCUGGACCUGGAUACGCUUCGGCGUCUGGAUGAUUGUGGGUAUUCCCAUAUAUCUUGCAUGCUGGUGUCUCUAUGACAUCAAAGAUCCCACCAAACGUAAUCCCGAACGCCUUGCGUUCUACAGGGCACUGAAAAAGCCCAACGAGCCACCCCCAGCGCCCUGCAAUGGCAAUGCCAAUGGCAAUGGCAAUGGGUUUGGGCAGCCAUCCAAGCAGAGCACGAUUACAAAUGAAACGCAGAUUAAGCGAAAUUCGAGCAGCUUGGAUGAAAUUCAGAAUUUAAGCGAGGUGGUCGAUGAGCUGAAGGAGCACAAAAAUGCCAAUGGCAAGAUAUUUUACGUUGAGGACACGAAAAGUGUCCAUUCGAGGAGCACGCUGAGCACCAACGAGGCCGAGGACGAGCGCUCUGUGAUAGCCAUGCUGGACGAUGUGCUCGAUGCAGAGGACUCGCAGCAGCAGCAGCUGGACGAGCAGCAGAUCUUUGAGCGCAACUUCAGCAUCGACUCAGAGCUGCUGCCCAGUGUCAUAGAGACCACGAUUGUGGCCACUGUGCACAGCAGCAGCAGCGAUGACGACGAUGUGAGCAGCCAGAGAUCGGUGGAGCGACCCACGGUGGAGGAUUGCAGGCAGGCGGCUGGCGAUAUGUUGCGUGAGCUAUUCGAUAGUUCAGCAUUCUAUGAGCAGCUGCUGGCAGCCAGGGCUAGCCGAGAGGCCAGCAAGCAGCAGGUGGUGCCAGUGGUGCCAGUGGUGCCGGCGGUGGUUCGUCCAACUCCAGUUGAGCUCAGAGCUCAGCUCAGACGAGUUCCCUCAGUCAGCUCCGUUGCCUCGCAAGCCUCGAUUGCCUCCUCUGUGGAGGAUCCGUUGCAUUCGGAGAAGUUUAAGGAUCGCCUGAGCCACAUUAUAAUGAAUCCCAAUGCCAACAAGCACAGGCGCCAAGAGGAGGCUGCGCCUCUGCAGGAGGUAGAUGAGGCCAGGCCCAGCAGGCCGCAGCUGAAGCAAUCGAAAAGUGAAACCGAUGUCCGCCUCCUGCUGCUGAAGGCCAUACGCGAGCUGAAAACGGACGACGAUGAGGCUGAUAAUAAAAGUAACGGUUACAGUAACGGCAAUGCUAAUGCCAAUGCCAAUGUCGGUGCCAGCGCCAAUGCUGAUGAGGCAGCCGUGGCAGCGCCCGGAGCUGCCCACAUACCGCGCGCACCGAAAUUCGAUCCGGUUUUGUACAAGACCAUAAACAGCAUUAGUUUGCACAAACAGCGACCCAGUUUGAGUCGCGAGCUGGUCGUGGAUGCCAAGAAUACGAAGCUUGUGGUUCCAUCAACGCCCAUGCUCACAUCCGGAUUCGCAGGGCCAAAGCCAAAGCCAGAGCCAGAACCAGAGCCCGAAUCCGAGUCGGAGCCGGUGCCAUUCAAAGCGAAAUUGGAGGCCAUAUUACAGCGGGGACCCUCGCAUCGGCUGCAACAGCGUCCGGGAGCGGACGGUGGUGCGGUGGUGCGGUGGUGCGCCGUAGGCCGCAAUCGGUGUACGUCGAGGAAGCGGCAAUUGAAUGAGCCAAGCCAGGCUAGAGAGGAUUGCAAUCCAAUUCUCAAUUUUGUAGCAUACUGUAAGAGUAGCUACACACACACACACACUCACACACACUACACACACCUACACACACUAACCCACUCCAUCUACUAAUCUGUUGUAAUCAAAUGUUGUUAUAGCAGCGAGUAGCUGUUGCCGUGAGUCAGCGCAAUGGAGGCAAUACUAGAUGUUAAGUGCUUAGGGUUACAGCGCACUGCAAUUUGAUUGCGAAAUUUGGAAAUUACAAAAUGACGAGUUAGACGUGUGCUCUACGCCAAUUAAUGGCAGCGGAUGCCGUUCGAAAUAUGUCGAAAUGAAAAUCCCAAUCGAGCUACGAAUAUCAGAGUUAGAAUUUAGUUUUGUUAUAUGUAUGUAGAAUGAAAAUGGUUUCUAUUAUGCCUAUUGAACCUUGUGAUAUUAACCAAACACUAAGUGAGCCAAUUGC